CAUAUUUUAUAAAUAAGUAAUCAGUCGCGAAGCGUGCUAUUGUGCAAUUGUUUCCUGGUGUACUUAGAUUAUAAAGUGGAUCAAAUAAAUAUUUAAAAAAAAAUGAGGCCACUAAUCGUAUUUUUAGCAUGUUGCCUCGCCGCAGUUAGUGCUGCCGCCAGAAACACAACAGGAAGAUCGUUUUCUUCAGAGUUCUUCUUUGGCGCUGCCACCGCGUCCUAUCAGAUAGAAGGAGCAUGGGACGUCGACGGUAAAGGCUGGUCAAUAUGGGAUUACUUGGCCCGCACCGAUCCAGAUCAUGUAGCUGAUAGCAGUAAUGGAGAUAUUGCUGCCAAUUCAUAUUAUAUGUAUAGAAGGGAUAUCGAAAUGCUGAAAGAAUUAGGAGUUACGCACUACAGAUUUUCCAUAUCAUGGCCGAGGAUUCUUCCCUACGGUCGCGCAAACUACGUAAACCAACGCGGCGUCAACCAUUACAACGAAUUCAUCGAUGAGCUAAUAGCAAAUGGUAUCACCCCUUUCGCAACCAUGUAUCACUGGGACUUACCUCAAAAUCUGCAAGAGCUUGGUGGUUGGCUGAAUGAGGAGAUAGUGGAUUGGUUCGGGGACUACGCUCGAAUUUUGUAUCAGAAUUUUGGAGAUCGCGUUAAGCAUUGGCUGACUAUAAACGAACCUUAUGUCCAUUGCAAUUUAGCAUACGGUUAUAGCAUGCAUGCUCCUCGAAUUCAUUCCCCUGGUAUUGGUUACUAUGAAUGUGGAAGACAUAUUUUACUUGCAAACGCGAGAGCGUACCAUAUUUACGACAAUGAGUUCAGAAGCGUGCAAGGAGGCAAGCUGGGUAUUGUCAUUAGCUCUGAGUAUGUGUUUCCUGCAUCAGAUUCGGAAGAAGAUAUUGAGGCUACUAGGGAUUACUUCGAAUUCCAUUUAGGCCAAUACAUGAAUCCAAUUUUCUCGGAGACUGGAAACUACCCUCAAGUAAUGAUAGAUCGCGUGGCAGCAGCCAGUCUUUCUCAAGGCUAUAACUCUUCAAGACUUCGUGGUUUCUCUGAAGAACAAAUAGAGUAUAUCAAAGGCACUGCGGAUUUCUUAGGACUUAACCAUUAUUCCACAAGAAUUAUAUACAGGAACAGCUCUGUUAUUGGAAUGUUUGAGAUACCGUCACAUGAAGAUGAUACUUAUGCGGCUUCGUUUCAGAACGAGUUUUGGCCAGCAUCACAGGCACCUUGGAUCAGGGAAUACGGCCCUGGAUUAUACCAUCUCCUAGUUCACAUCAAGGAUACAUACAACAACCCUCUUGUCUACAUAACAGAAAACGGAGUGUCCACCACAGCUGGUCUCAACGACUACAACAGGGUGUCUUACUACAGGAGCUACCUGAACGCAGUACUCGACGCCAUAGCUGAAGGAUGUGACGUUCAGGGUUACUUUGCUUGGAGUUUGAUGGACAAUUUCGAAUGGGCUCUUGGUUACACACAACGCUUCGGCCUGUACGAGGUGGACUUUGGGGACCCAGAGCGGACCAGAACCCCCCGAAAAUCGGCGCUAGUGUACAAAGAGAUCGUACGAAGCCGUACGAUUGAUUACGACUACGAUCCCGAUCCUUACGCGAGCAAUGCUUAUGCAUCAAGCGCCUGGCUACUUUCAAUUGUUUUUGCUAUUGUUAAUGUUUUAAUUCAACUAUAAAGACGUCAAAAAGAAUGUUGAGUAUGACAUUUUUAGGAAUCCACAUAUUUAAUCACUCCAAGUCGCAUCGAUCGACUACACUACAACUACGACUCAGGCCCCUACCGGGAAAAUCGAAGUUCGUCAAUUGCGGGCAUUUUUCUCUCUCACUCUAAUUACGUCUUAAUAAGCGUAAAAGAGAAAGAUCCCCGCAAUUUGCGAAUUUCGGUUUUCGCGGUAGGCCCCCAAAUCCGUACGCUAGCAGCGCGUACGCAGCAAGCGCCUGGCUUAUUUCUAUAAUUGUCAGUUUUGACUACGACUAGUACGACUGUGACCCUUGAUCCAUAUAGCAGCGCAUAAUUAUUGCUGUUGGUAUAUAAAUGAUUUAGUUAAAUUAAUAAUAUGUAGUAUUGAUUGUGAAACAUUACAUAGGUACAUUUGUUUUGGGACAAUUUAUUUAUCUUGCCCAGAAUGAGUAGCUCCCAUUGUUGACAUAUAUCUGGGACGGGCCUUACGGGACUUGCGUUAGACUGCACGGUUCGCUCGUGAGUGACUUAACUAAGGUCUGUUUUUUUAUUCCGUAGACUAAAAUGACGUUUCAUAUGUAAGCCAUGGCAUUUCUUAGUACCACAUGAAAUGUCAUUUUAGUCUACGGAAUAAAAAAACAGAAUAUAGUGCCCGUAAGGCCCGCCCUUAUAGAUAUAUAUAUGUCAAUAGUAGCUCCUCAAAUAAGAAAUUUUAUCCAAUCCAAAGCUAACGAAAUAAAAAAUUCAACAAUUAAUUAAAAAUCAGCCCAUGUAGGAAAAACCCGUAAAAUAAAUUAUAAUUUAUAAUGGGCUUUAUUUUAAUUUACUACCUAAAAAUAAGCAAAUGAGUUCGGAUUAUUUGCAUAAUAAAUCAUUUGGAUAAGUUAAUCAUAUGCCAACAUAUUAUGGAUAAGUUGCCGUGCCUAUUAGAAACAAGAACUAUAAAUACUAUUCGCAUCUGUUUAUCCUAUUAGGAAAUGAUAGAUAGGUAAAUAAAAACUCAACCUAUUGGAAUAUUUGUGAUAGUCUAUAUAAAAAGGGACCUUAUGGCGGUCGGCGCUUACGUCGCCUAAUAAUGGCUUUCUAUGUGGACUGUCACAUUUUGUUAUUUUGUUGUAUAAUGUUAAGUUUUAGUAUUAAGGCGGAAGUUGUAUUAGUUAUUUAUUAAA